GCUACCCUUACCUCUCGAGCAACACAGCUGAACCACCAUGAACAGCGAGGAGCAUUUAUCGACACCCAGGAAGACGGUCCUGCCCCCUCUGUCCAACAGGACCCUGUACCACCCCUCCUUCCUGCCGCUGUACAGGGCCGCAGGCCUCCCACGCCACAGUCAAGAAAACGCUCAAACAGCUCACCCCACCACGCCCGCAGAGUUCUUCUACACUGACCCCACCAUGUGCUGUGGCAGGAGGAUCCCCAAUAGACUCAGUGGGUUAAAGGUAUUUGAUUGCUUGCAGCUCAACACGCCACGACCCAUCAUGUCCGCCUGCCUGGCCCCACCAAACCGCCCAGACCCAUUCAGAUCAGGACCACACCCCACUAGAGAUCUGGGUAGCCCCACUUGGAGAACACAAACCAUUCACCCUCAGGUCCAGCCAAGGCAGGUUGUCCUCCAGCUUACACAGGAAGAGGACCAGGCCGUUACUAACCUGCUGAAACUGCACUACCAAAUGGACGAUGACUCAAACCUCAGUCAUCCUUGUGCCAAGGAUGGUGAGGAGGGGUACAAACCUGCUCGUGGUGCACUGAUAGAGGGAACGGUUUGGUCAGAUGCAGAGCUUGAAGUCGCUGACACUCUCUCGAGUCAAUUAAAACUAAAUUAUGUUGACUUGUUGAAGGCCCAAAACCGAAAUGAAACAGCAAACACUCCUCCCGGUCCUCUGCUAUGCCCAAGCCCUCAAACACACCAGGAAGCUGAAGCUCCACUUGCAUUAGGAAGUAGCGCCGUUCCCCUGAAGACAUCCCCAGUGAUCAAGACCAAAGUGAGUGUCUUUGAAGGGUUUAUGGAAGCAAAGGAACAGAGGCUCUCAGAUUUGGAGGGCGAUGCCGUGGACAUGCUCCUGAGCCUUGUGGAUGUUGAUAUCACACAGUGA